GACAUACAGUACGCCGGGCUUUCUGGUUCUCUGCGGUGAGUGGUUGGCGAACCUGGAUCAAUUUCUGAGCUGCGGAUACUGUGCUUGACUGAUUGGAUGAAUCUGGAAACAGCAACUCCCUUCCACCAAUCGUUCUCUCCUGCAGCAGCUUGUGUGCAAAGUGCAUUUCAUCCAUCCACUAGCCCACUGCAGAAACCUUCAGCAUCAUUCUGUCUGAUCUCACAUUACCUGCACUAACCUGCCUUUCUUCUGCACAGGGUAUCAUCUGGCAACAUGAGCCGUGGAUAUUCAGAAAACAAUAAUUUUCUCUAUGACAAUAACCAGAUGGUGUUGGAUAUGAUCCUUUAUUCUCUUGUUGGUGUUCCCCAGCCCAUUAACUGGGAUAGUGUAGCCAGGCUGGUCCCAGGAUAUACUUCAAAAGAGUGUGCCAAACGAUUUGAGGAACUGAAGAGCAGUGGGACAUCUCCAGUUGAUAACCAAUAUAACCCUUUAAUGGCAACUGGAGGAAUCCCUUUAGAAAACCUUGCCACGUAUAUCAAGUCUUCCUUACUGGAUUCAACUGAGGAACAAGAGGAAGCAGCAAUAGGACACAGUACUAUCUCCAUAACAGGAAGGUCUGGUGCUGUGACAGCGAGAAAUUCUCAGACUGAAAAUGACAAAUCCGUAGCAACAAUGAAUGGCGAGAAAACUGAAGAGAACCAGGGGCCAAAUAUGGUAAUCCAUGUGUGUGAUGAAGCCAAAAGCCUGAAGGAGGACUUUGUGUGUCCACGGGAUCUUCUGAUAUCAGAGAUGAAGUACUUUGCCGAGUACUUGACCACAGAUGCACAAAGGUGGGAGGAAGUAGACAUAUCUGUUCAUUGCGAUGUGCAGAUCUUCGAUUGGCUGAUGAGAUACGUGAAGCGUAACAUGAAGGAAAAUGAAAAAAAUGAGGCUCCAAAGCUGGAACCCGCAAAUGUCAUCUCAAUCCUGAUUUCUUCUGAGUUCUUGAAGAUGGAUUCACUGGUAGAAGAAUGUAUAACUUACUGCCACAAAAACAUGAGUGCCAUUGUCGCCACACCUUGCAACAUGAACUGCAUCAAUGCAAAUCUCCUAACACGAAUUGCUGACCUUUUCACCCACAAUGAGGCAGAUGAUGUGAAGGAUAGAAAAGAUAAGUUUAAAAGCAAAAUAUUCUGCAAGAAAAUUGAAAGAUUGUUUGAUCCAGAAUACAAGAACAAAGACUCUUCGGCAAACGCUUCAACACUCUAUAGAUGUUCUCUUUGUAAAAGACUGCUGACAAAAGAAGCUGAGCAAAAGAUCUCUUGUCUACCAGGGAAAAUUCACAUAGAUCAACAUGGAAAUAUUGUGUACUUUCAUAUCAGGUAA